UUGAUCGCUCCUCUGCUUCUUCUCACAUGCUUGCUGCCCAUCUGAAUUGCUUCCCCGGAAUCGCCGACGGUCCACACGCCGGAAAGUCAAUGGCAAAGCCUCGAGCGACUAAAUCUACAGCUACAUCUUGAAACAUGUUGCGAUCUAGCUCAAGCUCAAUGCGUUGUGUUCGCUUAUUCGCGACUUCUGCUCGUCUCUCGCGCGAUGUCGCCCAUGCAGGUGUACUCGGUGGAGGCCAGAUGGGUCUCGGCAUCGCCCUCGUCAUUGCCGGUGUUGCCAAAACUCCUGUGACCUUGGUGGAUGCGUCAGAAGCAGCUUUGUCAAAGGGGCAGAGUUUCAUGGAGAAGCUACUGCAAAAGGACAUUGGGAAGGGCAAAAUCACCGAGGCUGAUGCGGCCAAGACGCGCGAACGAGUCAAGUUUUCCACAGACGUUGAGCAUGGCUUCAAGGAUGUUGAUUUCCUGGUCGAAGCGAUUCCUGAGAUUCCUUCGCUCAAGUUUGAGGUCUUCCGGCGGCUGGCAGAGUCCUUGCCAAAGCAUGCGGUCCUUGCCACCAACACGAGUUCCAUCAGCAUCACAAAGAUCGCACAUGCAGCCAAAGGUGCAGAAGACCGUGUCAUUGGCUUCCAUCUCAUGAACCCAGUCCCGGUCAUGAAAGGCAUUGAGGUGAUUACUGGUCUGCAAACCUCAAAUGAGACGCUCGAGACUGCUUUGGCAUUUGGUGCCAAGAUGGGCAAGCUUGCCUCUCGCAGUGUCGACUCUCCUGGUUUCCUCGCCAACAGACUGCUGAUGCCUUACCUGAAUGAGGCAAUCGUUGCCCUCGAGACUGGUGUUGGCAAGGCAGAGGAUAUCGACAACAUUAUGAAGAAUGGGUGCUCGAUGCCCAUGGGCCCUCUAGCACUCGCAGACUUUAUCGGUCUCGAUACUUGCUUGAGCAUUAUGCGAGUUCUCUACGGAGAGACUGGUGACAGCAAGUACAGACCGGCCAUUUUGCUUGGUAAAAUGGUCGAUGCCGGAUGGAUGGGCAAAAAGAGCGGCAAGGGUUUCUACAAUUACUAAAGCGUAGCCUCCUUAGCCAAGCAUGCUCCUCUUCCUGCCACGCAACCUGACUUCUGCAAGUCGUUUGAGGACAUAUAGAUCCACGGCCUUGUCCUCGAUGUUAAGCGAUGUCGCACCGAGUCCAAAGUCAAUCAUGACCACCUCACCUUGUAACAUAGCAGCGACCUGGUC